UUACAAUAUGACAGCGUCAAAUGUAUUAACAAUAGUAAAAGGCAAUUUUUAGAAAAGAUUUAUGUUUUUUAUUUAAUUCUCCAUCAAAAUUACAGUGAAAAAAAUCAGCAUAAAUAAACAAGCAAUGAAAGAGAAAAUUUUAAAAGCUGAAACUGACAGUUAUGAUUACGAAAGUGAUAAGGAAAUAAUUCAAUCAUACGAAUUAGUGGGAUCCAAAGCAACAACUACAUAUGGAGAUCUAUACUUUAUCGGCACAGUAUGGGUGACCGCAAUGAAGUCAGCUCUGCUUGGCGCAAGGUCACUAAUACCAGUGGUAGAAGCUGCAAGUCCACCUCCACCCACACCUACAAAGCCUCCACCGAUGAAGUAUAAAGAACUGUCAAUGUAUAAAAGCCCACAUAAUGAAUAUAAAGAACAUUUAGAAGAAAAAGAAAAAUGUCCCGAACGUAAUGUCAAAAUAAUGCGACGUUUUCUAUUGCCCUAUGUAUCAAUCAUCAGGAAAGGAGUGCAAGCGAACACGUGUAAAUUAGUACUUGGCGUUAGGGACGGUAUGUGUAAUCUUAAAAAAUCUAUAACUGAAUCUAAGAAACAAUUUACAGCUACUAUGAGAGAUAAUGAAAAUCUGACUAUCAGAAGAGUUGUGGUUGUGGCAGGAACUGGUAUUGGAUUUUUAUUAGGAGGUGGCAGAGGUAUACCACGACGUAUAUUCAUGACAGGUGCAGGAGCAGCUACGGCUGGUGCUUUGUGCUUCCCUAAAGAAACAGAUGAAGCGUUUAGAACUUUUACAUACUACAGUGGUAAAACUAUAUUGGGUAUAGCAAAUUUGGUCUGCGGCCGGGAUUUUGGUUGGAGAGAAAGAUUGCCGUGUAAAGAUGAUCUGCCAGUUAGUACCGGUAAAAUUGUUGGACAAUGCCCUCCAAAAAAGAACUAAUACAUGCUGUAUAACGUUGAACUUGCAUUUCCCAUAAAUAAGAUAUGUACUUUUCGAUUGUCUGUUUAAACACUUUUUCGAAAUAACCAAUAAUAAACAUGAAU